AAAAAUCCUAAAGAAAGGAUUUUUAUGAAAAGAUGUCUGUGACAGCCUUUUCUGCUGAGACACCUCCCAGAUUUAUUCUUGAUCACAUACCUGGCUUAAAGCAUCCUGGAAUGAGACACUCAAGUUGGGUACAAUGUCAAUGUGAAAACUGUGGCCAGCUCUGGCACUGUAGCUCAGCAAGCAUGUAACAAAAUUUGUCGAGAUAAAGGGAAAGCAUGCUUGCUCAGGCAGCAAGCAUGUAACAAAAUUUGUCAAGAUAAAGGGAAAAGUCCCAACACUAAUCGAGGGCAGGUACCAAUUCUAACACUUUGUUGUGGAGUUGAGUGGAUGAUCCCUGAUAUUCACAAGCUAUUAGAAGUUGAGUGGGAGGUACUAAAUCAAAAACAGAGACCAUAUUUUGAAUGCAGGCAACUACUCUAUAUGACGGGGAGAUAAUAAGACCCUAUUCUGAGAGGGAACUUAAUAAGGGCUGACUAUGUAAGGAACUAUAGAGAAUCACAAAAUGAGAAAAGCAGGUUACAUAGGUAAUUUUGGGAUAAGGAGACCAGAAGGCAAGACCAAAUUAACCACUAUACUUGCCACCACUCAUGUCCACAUGCUGUGGGCAGCAACAUCACCAGGCAUGGCAGGUGGGGGUACACAUUAUACUGGGCUUCUGUUACUUCUUAUUAAUCAUGUCACCUUUGGGAAUCCAGAUGAUCCCUGCCACAAAUGCUAUAGACCACCAUACUAUGGGAAAACCCAAGGUUCUUACUUUAGCUUUCAUACCUUCAUUAGCCACCACUGCUGUAACUCCUCUCAGGUAGACACCUGCAUACAAAAUGACUGAAUGUAUAAAGUUACCAAAACUGUAGGGUCAAAACAGAGGUGCCCACGAGGAGAUAAAUGGGUUUGUUUCCCCACGAGUCAAACCCGAGAAUAGAAAAAGGAACAAGAUUUGAUACAAGACUUAAUAUGGGAACAAAUAAGGAUAAACAAAACAAAGAAAACAGACACAGCAACCCGCCACUCUGAAGCCAACUCCACGUGGAGGUUUAUAUGCAAAAUUCAGAGAACAACUGGAAAAUGAAAUAGAAAUACCAAAGUUAGGGGAAAAUUUCUUUUUACAUCUCGGAGAAAGGAUCAACAGGGAGCUAAAUGUUACCAGCUGCUGGGGUUGUGGAGGAGCUUUAAUAUCAAAGAAUGGCCAUGGAAGGGUAGUAGCCUAGGCCCAUUGAACUUCUCAAAUGGAACAGAUCCAAAAUAAAAGGAGAAAAUCAGACAGAGGGGUGGAUAUUAAGUUCAGACAUAAUUGGAGAGGAGUGCCUCUUGCCUAUGGGAAGAGAAUUUUCAGACAAGGACAGACCUCUUAUAAAAGUGUUAAAGUAUAUAAUGGAACUUUCACAUGGUGGAUCCCUGGACCAAUAUCCCAAUAUUGGACCCAGGAAAGGAAAAAGAAUUGUAAAUAUGAAAAAGAAAUUAAACUUUUCCGGUGCAAUGACUCUGGGAAAAAUCCCUAUUAUGGGACUCCUGAAAUAUCUGAAUUUUGGGAAAAUAUUAAUUACCAAGGAGCAAAUAAAGGAAAGCACCAGAUGGCUUAUUUUGGAUAUGUGGAAAAAGGGUUUAUUCAGAACUUCCUCUCCUAUGGAAAGGAAGUUGCACUCUGGGAAUUAUACAACCAGGAUUUUUCCUGUUGCCAAGCCAAGAUGGAGAUGAUCUGGGAAUACUGAUACCCUAAAAAGAAAGAAGAGAGAACUAACUGGAGAAAUUGGGGGAUACCAAAAGUGGGGUGAUGAAGAGUGGCCACCUGAAUGGAUAAUACAGAUAUAUGGUCCAGCUGUCUGGGCACAAGAUGGGAGUUGGAGAUAAUGAACCCCAAUUUAUAUGUUGAAUUGCAUCAUAAGUCUACAAGCAGUUGUAGAAAUCAUACCUAAUGAAACAGCAGGGGGUCGUGGAAUGAAUAGCCAAACAGCAAAAGCAAACCAGAGAUGCAGUGCAUCAAAAUUGGUUAGCACUAGACUAUUUGUUAGCAGAAGAGGGAGGGGUUUAACACAUCUGAUUGCUGUCUACAAAUUGAUGAUAUUGGGGAUGCAGCUGGAUAUAGCCAGAAACAUCUGGAAAAUAGCCCAUGUGCCAGUACAAAUAUGGGAAUCUAUAAUGAAUACGGAAUGGUUGGAAGAUUUUUUUUGGAAUAUCCUGGUGGAAGAGGGCCGGAUUUGUAUUGCUAUGCGGAAUAACAGGCCUAAUCUUUUUCCAUGUUUGAUCUAAUGCUUUAUUCAAUUAAUCACUUAUGUAGUCCAAAACAUGCAUAUAAUGACAGUAUCCACCAAUCCAAAGUCGGGAACCACAGGACGAAAGCAGAAAAUUAUGGUAUUGAGAAAAGAAAAAGAUGAUGAAAACAAGGCAUUUAAGACCUAUGAAAAGUAUCAGUAUGCCAAAAGUGUAGAAGUACAAAAGUUGUAACUCAAGCCAAAUACAGUAAGAAAAACAAAGAGGAGGGAUUGUGAAUUCUGUUUUUCAGGGAAUUCUGUUUUUUACUGAAAUCUGGUUCAGUAAAUGCUGUUUUUCAAACCAAUCAUCUCCACAUCUGCCAGCUCACUGCCACUUUUGAUGGCCAGAAUAAUUUGCCUACUCCCUUCUCUGAAGGCCUUUAUGCUGUGGGACAGACUGUAGUGUUACAUAUACAUCUUCCAUUCCAAUGACGUAUAGGAGCCACAAAACUACCAGUCCUCUUCCAAAAGACACAGAUACAGACUGAAUGAAUAGUCUUUCUGGUUUAUUCUAGCACUUUGCUAGAAGAACAAGAAACAAGAAAAAUGUCCCUUGCUUUUAAAUCUGUUUUCUCUACUUUUGGAGUGGAGAUGCUACGACCUCCUUUGAGAUGGAAGUUGUAGGUAACCAAGAGCUAUAUCUCAUCACUAGUACCAUUAAUAUUUAAUUUGACACACUGCUCAUCCACUGACUCUUUGAAUCUGCAUCACUGCUGGUCAGAGUUUAAAUACUGACUCUAGCCUGAAUCCCAGGACCUUCACCUGUCUACUGUAAAGCAUGGCUGCUGUGUAGGAAAGCAGAUUUCUGGGAGCUGUCUUUAUGUCCUGGUAGUCCAAAGGCACACAAUGAAUUUUCUCCACUUGUCCAAAAGGUGAUCAUAAAUCCCCUGCUUAGGCCUUUUGGAUACUGCCAUCCCUUCAGUGAUCUGGAGGAUUAAGGCCCUACAGCCUGGCUCUGGUUUCGAGUGGAAAGCAGUUUCUGUCUGGUGGGAUCAGAGGAGCAGUAGCCUGGUGGUCUUAGCGCUGCAAGGAUAACUGUAAGCCAAGGUUUGAGGAAGAGGGGAUGUCCCAGGGCCCGUGCCUCUCCCUUCGGAGUUACGGCCUCAGCGGCAUCAAGCAAGCGGUGAGGGGGAAGUGGCGCGGUGCCGGCCACCGCCCCCCCGCUGCGUGAGGAAAUGGCUCUCACGUGAGGGAGGCGGCAGCGCCCGACUCACCCUGCCCGCUGCCCUGGGAGGAGGCGCCAGCGGGUCUGGGGCCGUCUGCAGCAUGCCGACGAGCUUCACGGUGGUACCGGUGGAGGCGCAGGGCGAGGAGCGGCAGCGGGAUGGGCAGCAGCGAGAGGAGGAAGAUGAAGGCGACGAGAGAGACCGGGGAACUGGAGAUGGGAUUGCCAGGGAAAGUAGUCCAUUUAUUAACUGUGCAGAAUUGGGCAGAAGAAGCAUGUAUGAAGGAAAGAAUAUGGCUCUCUUUGAGGAAGAAAUGGAUAGUAACCCCAUGGUGUCAUCUCUUCUGAAUAAACUAGCAAACUACACUAAUCUGACUCAAGGAGUGGUGGAACAUGAAGCAGAUGAAGACAGCAAACGAAAGGAAGUGAAGGGUCCACAAAUGGGCACCUUUAUUGGCGUAUAUCUUCCCUGUUUGCAAAACAUCUUGGGAGUUAUCCUUUUUCUGCGUUUAACAUGGAUUGUAGGAACAGCUGGAGUUCUUGAGUCUUUCAUCAUUGUGUUCAUGUGUUGUGCUUGUACUAUGCUAACUGCAAUUUCAAUGAGUGCUAUAGCAACAAAUGGCGUAGUUCCAGCUGGAGGCUCUUACUACAUGAUUUCAAGAUCUUUAGGGCCAGAGUUUGGUGGAGCAGUGGGACUUUGUUUCUACUUGGGUACAACUUUUGCAGGAGCAAUGUACAUUCUUGGUACCAUUGAAAUUUUAUUGACCUAUAUUUCUCCAAGUGCUGCUAUAUUUAAAGUGGCAGAUGCUGGUGAAGAAACAGAGGCUAUGCUGAACAACAUGAGAGUCUAUGGAACGUGUAUUGUCAUUCUGAUGGCCAUAGUAGUUUUUGUGGGAGUAAAGUAUGUCAACAAGCUUGCACUGGUCUUCCUUGCAUGUGUGAUUCUUUCCAUCAUUGCCAUAUAUGCUGGAGUUAUUAAGACUGCUUUUGAUCCACCUGACUUUCCUAUCUGUCUCCUUGGAAACCGUACAUUGUCAAAACGCAGCUUUGAUGUCUGUGCCAAGUUUACUGAAAGCAAUAAUGAAACAAAGACUACCCCUUUGUGGCUGCUAUUCUGUGAUAGUUCUUUGCUUAAUGCUACAUGUGAUGAAUACUUUAGUCUCAAUAAUGUAACAGAAAUUCAAGGAAUUCCAGGAAUAACGAGUGGAGUUCUAACUGAUAAUCUCUGGAGUGCCUAUUCAGAAAAAGGAUCAAUAGUUGAGAAAAAAGAUCAGCCAUCAAUUGCUGGAUCAGAAGAAUCAAAAAUGGGUGGACUUCCUUAUGUUUUUACAGACAUCAUGACCUACUUCACAAUGCUUGUAGGGAUUUAUUUCCCAUCUGUGACAGGUAUUAUGGCAGGUUCAAAUAGAUCUGGAGAUCUAAAGGAUGCUCAGAAAUCUAUUCCUACUGGAACAAUUUUGGCUAUUUCAACUACAUCUUUUAUUUAUCUCUCCUGUAUAGUGUUGUUUGGCGCCUGUAUAGAAGGUGUAAUAUUAAGAGAUAAGUUUGGAGAAGCAGUUAAUGGAAAUCUGGUGGUUGGUACACUAGCCUGGCCUUCUCCAUGGGUUAUUGUGAUUGGUUCAUUCUUUUCAACAUGUGGUGCUGGUCUCCAGAGUCUCACUGGUGCACCCCGGCUAUUGCAGGCCAUUGCAAGAGAUGGCAUUGUACCGUUUAUUCAAAUAUUUGGUCAUGGAAAAGCAAAUGGAGAACCAACUUGGGCUCUGCUUCUCACUGUUGGUAUUUGUGAAAUAGGAAUUUUGAUAGCCUCAUUGGACAGUGUAGCACCGAUUCUUUCAAUGUUUUUCCUUAUGUGCUAUAUGUUUGUAAAUCUGGCUUGUGCAGUUCAGACGCUUUUGCGAACUCCCAACUGGAGACCUCGUUUCAAGUAUUACCACUGGACUCUUUCAUUCGUGGGGAUGAGUUUAUGUCUUGCCUUGAUGUUCAUUUGCUCUUGGUACUAUGCUUUGAUUGCCAUGCUAAUCGCAGGAUGUAUAUACAAAUACAUAGAAUAUAGAGGAGCGGAAAAAGAAUGGGGCGAUGGAAUCCGAGGACUGUCUCUGAAUGCAGCUCGCUAUGCUUUGCUUCGUGUUGAAGAUGGUCCUCCUCACACCAAGAACUGGAGACCGCAACUUUUGGUCUUGUUAAACUUGGAUAAUGAGCAGUUAGUCAAACACCCUAGAUUGCUUUCUUUUACCUCUCAGUUGAAGGCUGGUAAAGGACUGACUAUUGUGGGUUCUGUGCUUCAGGGAAUCUACUUAGACAAAUGUACAGAAACUCACAAAGCUGAAGAGAAUGUAAAGGCCUUAAUGGGUGUAGAAAAGACUAAAGGAUUUUGCCAGAUUGUGGUAUCUCCUAACUUCAGAGAUGGAAUAUCCUAUUUGAUUCAGUCAGCUGGUCUAGGAGGGAUGAAGCACAACACGGUCCUGAUGGCAUGGCCACAGUCGUGGAAGCAGGCAGAAAAUCGUUUCUCAUGGAAAAAUUUUGUUGAUACUGUACGAGAAACAACUUCAGCUCAACAAGCACUUUUGGUAGCUAAAAACAUUGACUUAUUUCCAACAAAUCAAGAACGUUUUACUGAAGGAAAUAUAGAUGUGUGGUGGAUUGUUCAUGAUGGUGGUAUGCUGAUGUUGCUGCCUUUCCUCCUUCGGCAGCACAAGGUUUGGAGAAAAUGUAAAAUGCGUAUCUUCACCGUUGCUCAAAUGGAUGAUAAUAGCAUUCAAAUGAAGAAGGAUCUUCAGAUGUUCUUAUACCACCUUAGACUAAAUGCUCAAGUGGAAGUUGUUGAAAUGUUUGAAAAUGAUAUUUCUGCGUUCACAUAUGAGAAGACACUUAUGAUGGAACAGCGAUCUCAGAUGCUAAAACAGAUGCAGCUAUCAAAGAAUGAAAGAGAAAGGGAGGCUCAGCUGAUCCAUGAUAAAAACACUGCCUCACGCUCUGCUCCAGCAGUUGAAGCAAGUGUGGCUGCUGCUGUACCAGAGAAAGUGCAAAUGACCUGGACUAAAGAAAAGUUUGUAGCGGAAAAGCAUAAAAACAAGGAUUCCAAUGUGUCUGGCUUUAAAGAUAUUUUCAACAUGAAGCCAGAAUGGGAAAAUCUGAAUCAGUCAAAUGUGAGAAGAAUGCACACUGCUGUGAAGCUUAAUGGAGUAGUGCUUAAUAAAUCACAGCAUGCUCAGCUGGUCCUCCUGAAUAUGCCUGGACCUCCUAAAAACAGAAAAGGGGAUGAAAACUACAUGGAAUUUCUGGAAGUUCUGACAGAAGGUCUAGAUAGAGUUCUCCUAGUCCGAGGCAGUGGACGUGAAGUGAUCACCAUUUAUUCUUAAUCUGUUUGCAUGUGUUUUUCAAACACAACAGACCCCCCAUCAUAAGAAAACAAAGUUUUUUGCCAUAAUUUGAGCAGCUUCGUUGUCUUCUAGUGCAUUGAAAAUUAGCUUCAAGCUGAAUCUUCUGAUGAUGAGGUUUUUUUCCCCUAGGAAGAUGUUCUAUUUAAAUAACAUUUUAAGCAGGUUUAUGUAGAAGAUUAAUAAAUGGUGAAUUAAUAAAUGGUGAAUGGCUUAGGAUAUUUAUAUGUAGCAUGUUCUGACACUUCUUAAGCUGUGGUAAAACGAAAAAAAUUGGUAAUGCAAUUGUGUUUUUAAAGAUAUAGAAAUGUCAGCGACUUCUGAUUAUUUUAAUCUUUGCUCUGCAUCUAAAUAAAAGGGAAGGGUUUUAGAAAAGGUUGUCUUUUUUUCUUACCAAAAUGCUGCUAUGUUGCUUCUUUUGGAAUUAGUUGUGGUUCAGGAACCUUCCUUCAGAGAUGUAUACAGCCAGUCAAAUUUGUUUAUGAAGGGCAUUAAGUGUUUCCCAGAAGUUUGUUAUUUGCCAUACGUGUUAAAAAUAACAUUUCUGUAUUUAAAAUACUUAGAUAGCUGAAACCUCCAGAUGAUAAACAGAUAAGCUGUGUGAGUUCUUUUCUAUGAGGUACUGGCAGUUACCAUUAUUUUGCAUGAUUAUAGCAAUAGUGAAACAUGAGAGCAUCCAACUUGCAGGAAGGCUAUUGUUCACAAACUCCACCUGGUUCCAAAUAUAAUUCAACAGUUGAUAAACCACAACAAGAUGGUUAAUGAAAUGCAGUCUCUUGUUUUCAAAUAUUUAUAUUUUGAAAAUGUUGUAUGUAUGUGCUGCUGUUUGAAAUAAAAUCUGCUUUUCUGAA